UCGUAGAUGAUCGUUCUUGAUAGAACACUUCUAAUAUGUCUAGUUGUGUUAGUCCAGAUCCUGACCGCUACUAACCCAGGACACUCAGAACUACCAGUCCCAUCGAACACCCUUAACAGUAACACCCAAACGUUAUCCUUCAACCUCACCUCAAACCUCAAUAACAUCCUCUCCAGUUUUGAAGGGUUCGGGAAUGUUACUAGCUGCAAUGCUAAACUCUCUCAACUCACAUCCGGUCUCUCCUCAUCCAGCCCGGAGAGUAUAGCGUUUAUAGACGCUCUGGGUAAACCAGGUCCAGGUGUAACUACAGGGAACUUCCUGUGGCUGGGGAACUACGAGAUGUGCGGGACAGGAGCACUGGUGAACGAGACUACAGGGUACAGAUAUAAGAACUGUGUCGUCUCCGCAGCUCUCACUCAAGGAGGCAACCCUCUUGCUCUUACCUGGACAGGCUGCAGUCCUCCCGAGUGUAAAACUAAAGAUGAUCUGCAGGAUGUAUUCAAACAGAUCGCAGUUCUGAUCAAUAAUUCAAGGAUAAUCCACACUGAUCCUUCAACAUGGAAUAUCAUGUGCGAUGUGAAACAAAAGUUCGAUGCCGGGGCAUAUGCAGCUGUCACAAUCGUCUCCCUCUUCGGAAUACUAGUAAUGGUAGGCACAAUCUGGUACCUUCUAGAACAGACAAUCAUAAGCUUCUUGGAACGAGUUAAAGACUGUACCGAAGCGGAUGCAGAGGAAAACACCCGCGAAGACAGUAGUCUACUGGCUAGGGAGAAGCACCAGGCUCCGAACCAGGUGGAGUCGUUCCUGGGAAGACUUGCUAAAUGUUUCGCUCUGCAAAGAACGAUGGAGACUCUCUUCUCCACCACUACUAAACCAGGUCAGGUUCUCUGUCUGAACGGUAUCAGGGUUCUCAGCAUCAACUGGGUGGUACUCGGCCACGCGUACGCAUUCGCAUUCUCAUUUCUGGGCAGUCACUUGUACAGAGCAGAGCUCAUCAAGCGAAGGAACUUUAUGUUGGUCUUCAAUGCUCUCCCCUCUGUCGACUCGUUCUUUGCCUUGAGUGGGUUCCUGGUGGCAUAUCUCCUGUUAAAGCAGCUGGCCAAAAGAGGUGGUCUCACUCCUUUACAAUGGAUUGCAUUCUAUGUACACAGGUAUGUGAGACUAACGAUGCCGUAUCUGGUAGCCCUGCUGAUUGAAGGGUGGCUAUACAGACUCCUUGUGACCGGACCACGUGCACAACAAACAACACAGAGCUCUAACAACAUGUGUAACCAGUACUGGUACACUAACCUCCUUUACAUCAACAACUUUGUUCCCUGGAAAGUUCCCAGGGCGGGAGCCGGCACUUGUAUGAGGCAGAGUUGGUAUCUGGCUAAUGACAUGCAGUUCUUCCUGAUAGCUCCCAUCUUUAUAGUGCUCCUGUUAAGGAGACCUUUACUAGGGGUGGUAGUCACUGGUGGUACCGUGAUAUGUAGUGCUCUAUCCACGGCUGUCAUAGCAGCGUCUUACCAUCUAGGACCUGCAGAAACUACGGACAAUAGCCCAGAUUAUUUUUGGCUGGUGUAUAACAAGCCGUGGAUCAGGAUAACACCGUAUCUAGUGGGGAUAUUAGGGGGCUGGUUUUAUUGGAAAUGGGGGAAGCAGAUAACGAUGGUUGUGGAUUCUUUGCCGGAGUGGAGGAAAGUGGUGUGUGCUACACCAAUAUGGGUAGUGACGGCUGCUGUGGAGCACGGAGUGGUGUUCGGGUUGUACGAUGAUGUCCAGAACCUGCAGCAGAAGAGACCUAUAAGCGAGGCUGACAGUGUGUCCUACCAGGGUUUAGCAAGGAUAGCCUGGUCUCUGUCUCUUACAAUACAGAUCUUGCUUUGUCAGUGUGGUCUGGGAGGGUUCAUUAACUCCCUCCUCAGUUGGAAUGUUUGGCAGAUCCUCUCUAGACUCACCUUCUCCGUCUACCUGCUCCACCUCGGUCUGAUAACAGUGCUGUUCGGUCAGAUGAGGCACACUCUCUUCUUUAACACUGACUUUGAGUUUGCUGUGUUGUAUCUGGGAGUCCUGGCUAUGUCUUAUCUCUGUGCUGCUGUGUUGUACCUGACUGUGGAACAACCUGUCACUAAUCUAGAGGGAGUUACUUACAGGAAGAGCAGUUAGCGUGGCUAGACAAAUAUAAUACUAAUAUUUCAGAGGUGUCACCUUUGACCCUUCCUAUCAAACAAUCAACAAUGAUUUGAAAGAGUGACUUUCGAGAUCCCUGACCUUGCACAUCGAAAACAUUUCAUUGUAUUCUCCAUUGGGGCACAGUUCCCGACGUAUUACUAUCAGUUUAGGUAUU